GUUCGUCCGAACCUCGUCGGAGGACAGCGACAGGAACCUGACGGCGUUUCAACACGGCAAGAACAUCUACUUCAGAGUCUGCCGGCGGCUGGAGGCCGGAGAGAAGCUGAGGGUUUGGUACAGCGACGAGUACAUCCAACGGCUUCACUGCGUUUCUCAGGAGAGCAUCGACCGAAACCUGGACACAGAUCCUGGACAUCCAGCAGCGCUGCACAAACUUCAGAAGGACUUCAAGUCUCCGUGCCUGCAGUCGGCUCUGCAGGGCAAACUGUGCUCCGGUAAACAGCCCGGCGAGGAGUCGGACGGCCAGCCUCCUGCCAAGAGGAAGAAGAUCGACCUCAUCUUCAAAGACGUCCUGGAAGCUUCUCUGGAGGACUCCCGGUCCCGGUCCUGCCUCCCUGGUGACUGUAAGCUGCUCGGCUUCAACUCGUCCGAGAGCGGCUUCAGCGUUCCCGACCUGAAGUUGGAGGAGAAGGAGGAGGAGAAGCAGAGCGGUGGGGAACCUUCCACCUCCUUCUGCCCCAACUGUGUCAAGCUGAAGAGGAGGAUCGUGGAGCUGGAGGAGGAGCUGUCCCGCCUCAGAGCAGGACAGGGCGACGGAACCGGCCCACCUGAGAAGAUCCAACUGGAUCAGGGUCCGCCGCACCCUGAGCAAGGGCCCAUCGAGGACUUCCAAGGGAUGGAGCCCUUGACGCCCACUCAGGUGGUUCUGGAUGAAGACGACCAGGACGUGGACUCGGCUGACGAGUCCAUCGCAGCGGAUCUUGUGAUUUCUCCGGAGGACUCGUCGAAGCUUUCGUCCGGAGGAAGCAGACGGAUUCGCCGCUUCAAGCAGGAGUGGCUGAAAAAGUUCUGGUUCCUCCGUUACUCGCCGACCCUGAAUGAGAUGUGGUGCCACGUCUGCCGUCAGUACACCGUCCAGUCGUCCCGCACGUCGGCCUUCAUCAUCGGCUCCAAGCAGUUCAAGAUCCACACCAUCAAGCUGCACAGCCAGAGCAACCUCCACAAGAAGUGUCUGCAGCUGUACAAGCUGCGCAUGCAUCCGGAGAAGACCGAGGAAAUGUGCAAGAACAUGAUGCUUCUGUUUAACGCGGCGUAUCACCUGGCUCUGGAGGGGCGGCCCUUCUCCGACCUCCGUCCACUGGCAGAGCUGCUGAAGAAGUGCGAACUCAAAGUGGUUGAUCAGUACAUGAACGAAGGCGACUGUCAGAUCCUCAUCCACCACAUCGGCCGAGCUUUGAAGGAGGAUCUGGCUGAGAAGAUGCGUCUGUCACCUUUCCUGAGCGUCAUCAUGGAUGCUCAAAACGACGACCUCUUCUCCGACAUGGUGGCCGUCUACGUCCAGUUCAUGACCAACGAGGGCUCCCCCAACACAGAGUUCCUGUCCCUGCAGAGACUGAGCACGGCCAGCGUGGACGGAUACCUCCAGGCGAUGGAUCGUGCCUUUGGUGUCCUCGGCCUUCGGUUUCAGGACAUGUUGGUGGUGGGUUUGGGUGUGGACGGCACCAACAUCUCUUCAGGAAUGAGAGCGAACCUGUACAUUGCUGUCCAGAAGACUUCUCCCUGGAUCCUCUGCCUUCCCAUCAUGAUCCAUCGGCCUCAUUUGGAGGUUCUGGACGCCAUCAGUGGGAAGGAGCUCUCCUGCCUGGAGGACCUGGAAAACAACCUGAAGCAGCUGCUCAGCUUCUACCGCUACUCCCCUCGCAUGAUGUCCGAGCUGCGAUCCACAGCGCCGACGCUGUCUGAGGAGACGGAAUUCCUGGGAGACAUCAGAGCCAUUCGCUGGAUCAUUGGAGAGCCAAACGUCCUCAACGCCCUCAUCAAGGACUACCUGGAGGUGGUCGCACACCUGAAGGAGAUCAGCAGCCAAACACAGAGGGCCGACGCUUCAGCCAUCGCUCUAACCCUCCUCCAGUUCCUCAUGGACUACCAAUCAGUCAAACUCAUCUACUUUCUGCUGGACAUCAUUGCUGUCCUCUCACGGUUGGCCUUCACCUUCCAGGGAGAGUAUCUUCUGGUGUCGCAGGUGGAAGCCAAGAUAGAGGAGGCCAUUCAGGAGAUCGGCCAGCUGGUGGACUGCCCCGGAGAAUACCUGCAGGAGUUUGAGGAGAACUUCAGAGAGAGUUUCAAUGGCGUUGCUUUAAAGAACCUGCGAGUCGCAGAGUCCAAGUUUCAGUCCAUCCGAGAGAAGAUAUGCAACAGGAGUCAAGGCAUCCUGUCUCAGAGGUUGGACCUGCAGAGCUGCUCAUUCGCCAAAGCCUGCAGGGUGCUGGAUCUGUCUACAUGGCCGCACAGCCAUGAGGACCUGCAGGUCUACGGGGACGAGGAGAUCCAGACCAUCUUUAACCACCUGGAGUCGAUUCCCUCCGCAGGUCAGGAGGCCCGGACGGAGGCCAGAGGCAGCCUGGUUGUGGAGUGGAAGGACCUGAAAGCAGACUACUACAGUAUGAACGGCUUCAAAGAGGUCAUUGGUCACAUCUGCAGGUACAAGCAGCGGUUCCCCCUGCUGAACCGGAUCGUGCAGGUGGUCCGGGUGCUUCCCAGCUCCACGGCCUGCUGUGAUAAAGGCAGAGGGUCUCUGCAGAAGAUGUGCAAGAACAACCGCUCCCGGCUGACCCUGGAGCAGAUGAACGACCUGCUGACGGUGGCCGUUAAUGGGCCGCCCAUCACUAACUUCGACGGGAAGCGAGCGCUGGACAGCUGGUUCGAGGAGAAGUCCGGCAGCAGCUACUCGCUCUCGGCUGAAGUGCUGAACCGGAUGUCGGAUCAGAAGUCGGUCCUGCACAGCGUCGACGUCAACACAGAGUUCUACCCUGAUAUCUAACAACCCACUGGUGUACUGGUACCACAGACUGGUGUCCAGCCAACCAGAGAGAUUCAGUUAAUCUGAAAAAUGUGUUGGUCUAAAGAUCAGAAGGGGAAGAUGGGUUGCCUUACCAGUUUUCCACCAACUGUAGUGAGCUGUGAGUUGAUGAAGACUACAGGAAGACAAAAAGUCAACAAAAGACUUGUUUUAAAUGGUGGAACGUCCAGAAAUGCAAACUUCACCAAAGCUACUAAAGAAGCCUGAACAUAAACAAUCCCCGUAUGUCCCCUGUUGAGUCCUGGUGUCUCUACAGUGGAACAAGUCUAUCAAAGGGGCAACAUAAAGGGGUAUUUUUGAGCAAUAGGCCUGUCGGGGCACCAUUAUUUUGCUGUAUACUACUGGGCAAACGUCUUUCUGAGACCGAGGCCCAAAGUGUCAGGGAGUCUCCCCAGACUUUACCUUUAACACAACACCUUAAUGACUGAAAAUGAGCAUCAAAGACAAAACAAUGACAAGGAAAAGCAGAACGACGACAAAGAGUCGCAAAAUGGUCUCAAAGAGACAAAAAACUAAAACAAAGAGAUGCAAAACGACAAAGGAAAGGAUAAUAAUUACUAGUGGGCACAAAAUUACUACGAGGGAGACACAACAUGGCCUUAAAGAGACACAAAGUGACAAAUAAAGCAAAAUAACAAUGAAGGGACGGAUAGACAAACACAAAGAGAU